AUGGAGGCACUCUCUCAAUUCUUCUUCUUCUUCUUCUUCUUCUUCUUCUUCUUUAUGAUGAUGUUACUAACUAUCCAACCCAUUUCAUCAAUUCAAGUUCUCUCCAAAACCAAACUUGAAAAAUGUGAGAAGGUUUCUGAUUCUAAUGACAACCUUAACUGCAGUUACAAAGUUGUUAUCGACUUGGCAGUUCCUAGUGAGACAAGUGGGAGGGAAGCUUCAAUGGUGGCUGAGAUUGUUGAAGUGGAAGAAAAUUCGACAAACAAUAUGAGAACACUCAGAGUUCCCCCAGUCAUCACUAUUAAUAAAUCUGCUGCCUAUGCUUUAUACGAUCUGAGUUAUAUAAGAGACGUUGUUUACAAGCCAGUGGAAUAUUAUGUGGAGACGCGGAAGUGUGAGCCAGAUGCUGGGCCAGAUGUUGUGAAGAUAUGUGAGAGGUUGCGAGAUGAACAUGGUCAUAUUAUUGAGGAAACUCAGCCUACCUGUUGCCCAUGCGGAGACCAGCGGAGGGUACCUUCGUCCUGUGGAAACUUUUUUGACAAGGUGGUCAAGGGGAAGAAAAAUACAGCACAUUGUCUAAGGUUUCCAGGUGACUGGUUCCAUGUAUUUGGGAUUGGACAAAGCUCUGUUGGAUUUACCAUUAAAAUUGAAGUCAAGACAAAAUCUAAAACAUCUGAAGUGAUUUUGGGUCCUCAUAACAGAACUGCCACAUCCAAUGAUAACUUUUUGAAGGCUAACCUUGUUGGAGACUACGUUGGAUACCAAAGUAUUCCAUCAUUUGACAAUUACUACCUCGUUAUUCCAAGACAGGGUGGUCCAGGGCAACCUCAAAAUCUGGGGAGCAACUUUUCUAUGUGGAUGCUCCUGGAAAGAGUCAGGUUUACUUUGGAUGGUCUUGAGUGUGACAAAAUUGGUGUUGGCUAUAGUGCUUUUAAUGGACAACCAGAUUUCUGCUCUUCGCCAUAUUGGAGUUGUCUUCAUAAUCAGCUGUGGAACUUUUGGGAUGCUGAUCAGAAUAGAAUCAGUAGAAAGCAAGUCCCACUGUAUGGUGUGCAAGGAAGGUUUGAAAGGAUAAACCAGCAUCCAAAUGCAGGAAGUCACGCAUUCUCCAUAGGAAUAACUGAAGUUCUUAACACUAACCUUUUGAUAGAAUUGAGUGCUGAUGACAUCGAGUAUGUCUAUCAAAGGAGUCCUGGGAAAAUUAUAAGCAUUACUGUCCCCACCUUCGAAGCCUUAACUCAAUUUGGGACUGCAACUAUCACUACAAAAAAUAUCGGGGAAGUAGAAGCAUCCUAUAGCCUAACGUUUGAUUGCUCAGCAGGUGUCAGCCAGAUGGAGGAGCAAUUUUAUAUAAUGAAACCAAAAGAAGUCACAACCAGAUCAUUCAAACUGUACCCGACAUCUGAUAAAGCAUCAAGAUAUGUCUGUUCAGCCAUACUAAAAGACUCUGGUUUUAAUGAAGUGGAUCGGGCUGAGUGUCAAUUCACAACUACAGCUACUGUAGUUGAUAACGGAACUCAGAUCCCAUUUCAACCUCCAAAGACCAGUAUAAAUGGCUUUUUUGAAUCCAUUGAGGAUCUAUGGCUCAAAUUGUGGCAUGGUCUGAUAGAUUUUGCUUCCGGAAGAAGUUGCAGGAGUAAAUGCUCCGGUUUUUUUGACAUAGGAUGUCAUAUACAGUAUAUCUGCUUGAGUUGGGUAGUUUUGUUUGGCCUUCUAUUGGCAAUUUUCCCUACAGUUAUGGUGCUGUUUUGGCUUUUACAUCAGAAAGGACUAUUUGAUCCUCUUUAUGACUGGUUAGAGGACCAUUUUUGGCCUGCUGAAAACAGAAGUGGUGACUGGUGGAAGUACGGCAUUGCUCCUAACUCAUCCAAAAUUCAAAUGAAAAGGAAUUACAAGCAUGAAGAUAGGUUUGACAAGCAUCGGGCACAUAAGAGGAGGCGAAGUACUCAUGAACAUCACCGACACAAGCUUGUGGUAGGAGAACCAGAUUAUCAAUAUCAGCUUCACCGAGUCCAUAAAGACAGGCACAACAAACAUGGAAGAACCAAGAGUUCAGGUAUUACACAUCAAGUUCAUUUGGAUAGAGGGAGGGAAGACAAUGUUGGUCGCCAUAGACAUGCAAAACGAAGAGAUCCGAUCGGAGGAUAUGCGCAUGGUGCUGGACACCAUGACAAGAAUCGAGACAAGUAUUCAAAGCAUAAUAAACCCUUCUUGGAAAGCACAUAG